CAGUAAUUUUGGUAUGCCAAAAAAGGAAAAAAGGUAAAUAUUAUUCUAGUGAAAGUAGAACUAAAAAAUGACAACAGCGAAAUCCCUCGACGCACCAAAUUUCAGUAACUGUAAUCGGUUAUAUAAAAGGCGGGAAAGAGGAGGUGAUGUAGAAGUGGAACCUUCACAACUCUCCGCUGCGCUCUCGCUCCGUCCUCAUCUUCUUCUUGUUACUAUAGAAACGCCGUCCGGGACCGGGAGCAGCUCUGGACCGACUGAAGAAGCAUUUCUUGAGAUUUGGACUAAAAUGGAGGCACUGAGACCGGGUGGGGCAGUGAGGGUAAUAAUUGUGAUGGUAAUUACGGCAAUUUUCUUUCGCUGCGUCACUGCGACCAACCACUCCGUUGGUGGAGCUUCGGGUUGGGAUCUCAGUUCCAACAUCCAGGAUUGGUCUGCGGCCACCACGUUCCAAGUCGGUGACUAUCUCGUGUUCAACUAUUUGCCAGUUCACGACGUGCUGGAAGUGAACCGAACAGACUUCUCGAAUUGCCACACCGUGAACCCAAUCAGCACCCACAGUGAUGGAGAGACAGCAAUCCACCUGAAACAACCAGGCACUCGCUACUUCAUUUGCGGUCGCUUUCAACACUGCCUCAUGGGUCUUAAGCUCCGAGUCCAAGUGCUCCAACGCCUCAGCAAUUCAACGGACGACGGCGCUGGCAACCAAGAAGACCGCCGUAGACCACGCCCCCCUUCUCCUUCUCCUCCACCGCAGCAUCCAUCUGCUCCAUCCCCACCGUCUCCUCCAGCCUUCGAUCCGCCACCGUUGCCGGAAACUCCGGCGGCCCGAUCACCUUGCAUUUGUUCCGACUCCGGGGUGGGUGAGCUGAUGAAAGGUGGUCCACUGAAGUGGUGGUGGUGGGUGUUGUUCAGCACGCUGGCAACUCGUCCCUGCUUUCAUCCCUUGAUUCGAUAGGCUUUGUUUCUGAAACUAAUUCUGCUUAUGAUCUCCACCAAGUAAGAUCCCAUUUCAUACUUUGACAAUGCAAUGCCAUGAUUGCUCUUCUAUAUACGCGCGCAGGAAAAUUUGUUUGUGAAUUUUGGAGGCUUGUUGCCGGUUUGUAUUCCUCCGUAACUUUUGCUGUGCUCAUCCUCAUCGGUAGGUCGAUAGAUAUUAGAUAGAUAACACUUUCUUCCCUUUUUGCUUUAGCCUCUCAAGUCUCACACGAGAUGAGUGAUUUUUGUUGCUGAUAUCAUUUUGAAUCUCUGUGUGUUAGGGACUGAUUCUAGAUUUCUCGAGUAGGAUUCUUUGUUAAAUGCAAAAUUAGUAUUAAUGAUGAUAAUGAUCUUUGGUAAAGAGUUAGAUAUGCGUUUCGCAGUUGCAGCUGAAGUGAGGUAAAGAAAGUUGGAGAAAGCUGCUCAAAGAAAAUGCAGUUUUGAGAAAGAUGGCUAAUUAUAGAAUUGAGGAAGAAGGGUUUUAGUUCAUUGUAAUGAAUACUCAAGCAACCACAAAAUGUUGAUAAUUAGCUCAUUUCGGAAGUGGAAGGGAUAUAUCCCAAUCAGCCCUCACCUUCCAAUUUCAUGGAAAGCAUUGGAGCAAUUCAAAGGAUGAAUUAUUAGUCAUACUUAAAGCAUGUGGCUGUGUGCGUGUCGUCCUGGUGGUCAAUGGGUGCACCGAACAAGCCAUGCAAUCAUGCUGCCCUCUGCCUACCAUUUGGAAUCCAUACCCAACAAGAUAUUCCCCCUCCACACUCCACACCAUUCCAUUUACAUUAUUUAAUUCAUCACCUCCACCCUUUUAACAUCUUAUUAUACAUAAUUACUACAUUUAACUAACUCCCCAACCCAACAAGACCAAAUUAUGCCUAAUUUUCAACAGUUAUGCAAGAUUCCUAAUUGCCAGAUUAAUUUUUGUUAAAAAAAAAACGACGACUUUAUAACAUACAAAAUUCAGUCUUUAUAUAUAGUCCUACUCAUAUUCCCAUAUCUAAUACCCUUGCUUAUAUACCUUUGUAAAUAAAUAAAUUAAUCAAAUAUG